UCCUUGAACGCGCCAGAGUCUUUCCUUGAGCGUUCUCGACACUAAGGAAUAAGUUCAUUCACUAUAGUAUAUAGUCACACUAUCGUAUACAACAGUUUAUAUAAAUGCUAUUUAAAGAACAAAAUUAACCAAAAUAUUUUUGUCGAAACAUGUCGAAAAUUAGCAUACUCGUCGUAGUCUUAUUGAGCACGUUUUUCGUAUUGGCGAUUGCCAAUGAUUCUACGACAGAUGAAAACAUAAUUGUUGAAGCACCAGUUGGUAAAAUUCGUGGUACAUUUUUAACAUCGAGAUUAGGCAGAAAAAUUUAUUCGUUUAGAAGUGUUAGAUACGGCGAACCACCAGUCGGAGAAAAAAGAUUUCAGGUUGCAACUCCAGUAAGAGAUUGGGAUAAUGUAUACGAUGGUACUCAAGAAGGACCUGCUUGUAGUACCCUAAGUGAUACACCCAUAUCUGAGGAUUGUUUACGUUUGAAUGUUUACACGACCAAGUUACCAACGAAAAAUGCAAAAGGCGGACAUUUUAAAGGUCAUCCAGUUAUCGUUUAUUUUCAUCCUGGUGGUUUUUACUUUUUCUCCGGUCAAUAUCGCUUCUAUGGACCAGAAUAUCUAUUGGAUCAUGACCUUGUUUUAGUGACAUUGAACUUUAGAAUGGGAAGUUUAGGUUUCCUAAGUACAGGAGAUUCUUACGCACCAGGAAAUGUUGGUUUUAAGGAUCAAGUUUUAGCACUUCGUUGGGUCCAAAGAAACAUUGCAGCAUUUGGUGGUGAUCCUAAUUCAGUUACUAUUGGUGGUACGAGUGUUGGAAGUAUCAGCGUGUUGUUGCACAUGAUAUCACCAAUGUCGAAGGGUCUAUUCCACAGAGGAAUCGCUAUGAGUGGUUCCCUUAUAUCAUUAGAACCUUAUAAAACAGAUCAGAAAAAUUUAGCAAUAAAACAGGCAGAACUUUUAAAUUGUCCAACAGAUACAUCAAAAUCCAUGAUCGAUUGUCUUAGAACGAAACCAAUCGAAAGUUUCACUAAAACCAUUUCACAAUUCUUCGAAUUAUCUAUUGGUUAUCCCGAUCCAAUGGGUAUAUGGGGAGGAGUUAUUGAACCAGAAAUAGAAGGGGUUGAAAGAUUUUUAACUGAUCAACCUAUCGACCUAAUCAGAAGAGGCAAAAUCAACGAAGUUCCUCUGAUUAUUGGUACGACUUCAGAAGAAUUUGGUGGACAGGUUAUCACUAUCGAUCAAAAAGUACGAAAUGGAAAUAAUUCAGUGUUCGAUCUUUUAAAUAACGAAUGGGAAACCGUAGCACCGAUCAGUCUUAUGUACGAAAGAGGUACACCUCGUUCGAAAUUUAUUAGUCAAGUAUUAAGAAGAGCCUAUUUUGGCAGUAACCCUAUCGGUCGACAUUCGUACGAUGACAUAGCUCACAUUUAUAGCGAUAGAGUUAUCGUAUUCCCAGUAUAUCGUGCAGUUGAACUAUUUUCCCAAAAUAGCAAACUUCCAGUAUAUAUGUACAGAUUUUCAUUCAGAGGACGUUACAGUUUCGCUAUGUGGAAUAAUACAACCCCAUACAAAGAACCUGUACACCACGAUGAUCAACAAUAUCUAUUUACCAUGAAUGCCAUUUUUCCAUUUUACAAUGGUUCGGAUCCAGAAGUUCCAAUGAUUGAACGUAGUACCGCAAUAUGGUCACAUUUUGCACGUACCGGUGAACCCAUUCCAAGGAAUAACAAAUUGUUUAAAAACGUUGUGUGGGAUAGAUUCGAAACGCCGAAGGCCAAUUAUUUAGACAUCACACUGAAUCCCAUAAUGAAACGGGAUAUAUAUCCGGAAAGAAUGAGUGUAUGGGAGGAAUUAUUCCCUUUGCCACCAUUACCUGUAGAUUCAACAAAAUCUGCAGCUCAUUAAUAUGAAACAAAUAUUCAAAUACGUCUCAUAUAUAUAUAAUGUUUUUGUUUUUUUAUUAGA